AUGUGCCACGACGGCGCGUUCCCGCAAUUCGUGGACACUGAUAUUGACAUCCAAAGUCAUAGCAGCUUCGAAGAGUCGGCUAGUGAUUCAGACAUAGACGGUGGUACAAGUUCAGACGGGGAGCAGCUCCCUGCCAGCAGUUCCCACGAGGUGUUGGAAUACCGGCUCAGCUUGCGAGCCAUGAUUCACUGGUUCAUGGACCGUGGAUACAAUAUAUCACUGAUUAAUAGCCUUGAUUUCAGGGAUACAAAGGCCAGCUUUGCCGAAGGAGAGCCGUACAGUUGUACCGUAUGA